GUUUCCCGGGCGACGGAGGUACACAGAGCCGGGCUCCGCUCCGUCGCCCCCGCCGCCCCCGCCGCCAUGAGUCAGAGGCAGGUGCUGCAGGUGUUUGAACAAUACCAGAAAGCCCGGACUCAGUUUGUGCAGACAGUGGCUGAACUGGCGACCCGACCCCAGAACAUCGAGACCUUGCAGAAUGCAGGAGUAAUGUCUUUGCUGCGACCUCUUCUAUUGGAUGUUGUACCAACUAUUCAACAGACUGCUGCUUUGGCUCUUGGGAGACUGGCCAAUUAUAAUGACGACCUGGCUGAGGCAGUUGUAAAGGGAGACAUUCUUCCACAGCUUGUAUAUUCCCUGGCUGAACAGAACCGUUUUUAUAAGAAAGCGGCGGCUUUUGUGUUGCGGGCCGUUGGAAAACAUUCUCCUCAGCUAGCCCAAGCAAUUGUGGACUGUGGCGCCCUGGACACUCUGGUAAUCUGCCUGGAAGAUUUUGACCCAGGAGUGAAGGAAGCGGCAGCCUGGGCACUUGGCUAUAUUGCGAGACAUAAUUCAGAACUGUCCCAAGCUGUGGUGGAUGCGGGAGCAGUUCCUCUUUUAGUACUGUGUAUCCAGGAGCCCGAAAUUGCUUUGAAAAGGAUUGCUGCCUCAGCCCUCAGUGAUAUUUCAAAGCACUUGCCAGAGUUAGCGCAGACAGUGGUGGAUGCUGGGGCUAUUGCUCAUUUAGCCCAGAUGAUCCUGAACCCCGACGCUAAACUGAAGCGUCAGGUGCUUUCUGCUCUUAGUCAGAUUGCGAAGCAUUCUGUGGAUCUGGCAGAAAUGGUGGUGGAAGCAGAAAUUUUUCCAGUUGUAUUUAUGUGCCUGAAGGACAGAGACGAAUAUGUCAAGAAAAAUGCUGCGACUUUAAUUAGAGAGAUUGCAAAGCAUACGCCUGAGCUUUCCCAGCUAAUAGUCAAUGCAGGCGGAGUUGCUGCCAUGAUUGAUUGUAUCGGCUGCUGCAAGGGGAACGUAAGGCUGCCAGGUAUCAUGAUGCUUGGUUAUGUAGCGGCUCAUUCUGAGCAUCUGGCAACUGCAGUGAUCAUCUCCAAGGGAGUGCCACAGUUGUCUGUCUGCUUGUCGGAAGAGUCGGAAGAUCACAUCAAGGCGGCUGCCGCUUGGGCAUUAGGGCAGAUUGGGAGACACACUCCAGAACAUGCACGGGCGGUGGCUGUAACGAAUGCCCUAUCGGUUCUGCUCGCCCUCUAUCUGGCCCCGGAAAGCUCAGAAGAUCUUCAAGUAAAAACUAAAAAGGCCAUAAAGAGUAUCCUACAAAAAUGCACUCAUCUUCCAGCUCUGGAACCAUUCUUGCAUGAUGCUCCUCCAAAUAUUUUGAAACAUGUGGUAGGACAGUUCAGUAAGGUGCUGCCACAUGAUAGCAAAGCACGUCGGCUUUUUGUAACAAGUGGAGGACUUAAAAAGGUUCAAGAGAUAAAAGCGGAGCCUGGGUCACUACUUCAGGAAUACAUCAAUACUAUUAACAAUUGUUACCCUGAGGAAAUAGUAAGGUAUUACUCCCCCGGCUAUUCGGAUGCGCUUCUGGAGAGGGUGGAGAAUUAUCAGCCGACCAUAUGAGCGGAAUCGUCUUGACACAAAUUCACAGUAGUGCUUGUACGAAUACACUUGUAGCAAUAUUUCCUAGAUUUCUGAAAA